AACAUAUGGCAUGCAAUACAAUCAGCAUGAGCGUCUGCAAGCCCGGCUGUAUUCUGCAACUUGGGAUUAUGUUAUAGCAUUUGAUAACAUCCUAAAAUUAUGUUCUUUAAUUCUUUAAGAUUAUAAUGGCAUUAAAAUGGUGUGCAUGGAAUAACUUUGUUUUAAGCAGUCUAUAGGCAAAUCCAUAUCAAUGAUAAAUUUCAAUUAAAAAGUCAAUUUCGUCUUGUUUUCUUUUUUUGUCAUAGCUGAAAUUAAACUGCAAUUCGGUUAACAUCCUUGAAAUGCAGUUAAAAAGCUUUAAUAUUAAUGAUAGUGAUAAUAUGUGUUUACAUAUUUCUGAUGUGAACUUAUUUUAUUUCAUGCCAAAUAGUAAUUAAGUUCAAUCAAGUUUUGAUGGAUCUGAGAGUAAUACAAAUAACGAAAGCUAUAUCAUGUUCCUUUUAUAGAAAACUCUCAUCAAAACCGGCAUAUCUUGAAAUUGUCUAACUGAAGACAUGGUAUACAAUGCUAGCAUAUCAAGAAAGAAAACAUGUUUUACAUCUGAUUCUCUGUCCGAUUAGAUAUGUUUCAUUUCGGCACUCAUCCCAAGGAAUAUGAAUUUUCCGAUCAAGGUACCUUAGCAUUAAAUCUGGUAAUUUGCAGAACUGAUGUUGUUACACUAGAUGAACUAGCCAAUGACCACGGGGAUAUAAGCGGGUAUUUUAUAGGCUGAUGGAGCAGAUGAGAUGGGAUGCACUGAAUGAAUAAAUCUGUAGCGCUUGCCGAGGAGUUUGGUAUCGACCAAUCUAUGCCUAGACAUGCCGGUCACCAUCGUCACAUGCCCUAUGCCCCAGCAGCUACCCCAUCCCAAAACUGGAAGACGAACAUGUAUCUUCCCUUCAUGGGUCAUCUGCUACAGAAAUUAGACUCAUGGCUACUGCAAGGGCACGCACGAUUCAAUGUUCAAUAUCUCAUACCAACCAAGGUGAUCGAAUUAACAGACGAUCUUGUUCAAGAGAUUUUCACCAAGUUCCAGUCGGACCUUGAGGUUGACUAUGUUUCAUUUGCCAGGGAGUGUAGAAGGUGGAAGGCGAAGUGGUAGAUUUCAUCUCCUGAGCCAUUCAAAACCCUUGAGUCGGCGCUUACCCCCGCAAUGGAAAACUCCUACCCCAAUGUUCGAAGAUGCCUCCUCAUUCUGCUCUGCAUGCCAGUAUCGACAGCAACAACGCAGGUCUUUUUCUACAAUGAGACGGGUGAAGACAUACCUCCGUUGCACCAUGGGAACUGAGCACAUGUCCGGUCUUGUCUUGUUGAAUAUACACCGAGAGCGAGAGAUGGAUCUGGAAGAGAUCAUUGACAUAUUUGCCUAACGAAAGGAGCGCCGUUUGGCUCUUUUAUUUCUUGUGUAAUGUAAUGCAUGUAAUACAGGGGACUUUGCAUUAAUUAGAAUGUAUACAGUUUAUGUGUAUAGUUUUUUGCUAUAUGUAGAGAAUACAACAAGAGAUGUAAGUGACUAGAGUUAUCGAGUAAAUAUGAUAGACAUUAUUGCUAUCUAAAAGAU